CAGCCGUUCAGAUAGCCACCGAUACGAUACGAUACCCCCAUACCCCCAACCUUCCAGUUCCACACCACACAGCACAGCAGAACUUCUGGGAAACUCGCAAUGACGUCGAUAGGAACAGGUUACGAUCUUGCCAACUCCAUCUUCUCCCCCGAUGGCCGCAACUUCCAAGUCGAAUACGCAGUCAAGGCAGUAGAGAAUGGCGGUACAUCGGUCGGCAUCCGAGCCAAGAACGGUGUCGUAUUGGCAGUAGAGAAGGUCGUCACAUCAAAGCUACUGAAGCCCGGCUCCAACAAGAGAAUCGCUACCGUCGACAAGCACCUAGGCGUCGUCUACUCAGGCAUGAUUCCCGAUGGCAGACACUUCGUAGACAGAGCCCGCGAUGAGGCCCGCUCCUGGCGCGACACCUUCAAGACUCCCAUCUCAACAUCCGAUCUCGCUUCCCGCAUGGGCGGCUACCUACAAGCAUACACACUGUACCAGUCCGUGCGCCCCUUUGGCAUCACAGCCAUUGUAGGUGGCUUCGAUUCGGAGCUCGAGCAACCCGUCGAUGGUGAGGUUGGCAGUGGUCCCUCGACCGGCGCCGGUGGCAAGGUGGAAGGCAAGCACGGCGGUCCAGGUCUCUACAUGAUCGAGCCGAGCGGUCUCUACUGGGGGUACUACGGCGCGGCAACUGGCAAGGGCCGCCAAGCAGCCAAGGCUGAGCUCGAGAAGCUGGACCUGGCUGCCGGUACUCUGGAGCUCGAGGACGCCGUCAAGGAGGCCGCGCGUAUCAUCUACGUCGCACAACAGGACAACAAGGACAAGGAGUUUGAGCUGGAGAUGACCUGGAUCAGCAACGCCGAUGGCCCCACCAAGGGCAGGCAUGAGGAGGUGCCCAAGGAGUUGCAGGAGGAGGCCGAGAGAUUAGCAAAGAAGUCCCUCGAUGGUGAUGACGACGACGAGGACGACAAGAAGGAUGAUGACAAGAUGGAGGAGUAGACAGUCAUGACGUGAUGAACGAGAAUCAGACCUGGCCUUGUGCAUUUGUAUUAUAUGGCGAUGCAUUUCAGGAACUAGGGUUUUUAUCUAGACUAACCCCGACCGAAAGUCAUGAUACUAAGCAGAUUCCGUUUCUGACUUGAUUUUCUGUGGUCUGCAACCAACGC